CUGCCAGCCCUCCACUCUUCAUUGCGCAACCACCAAGAUGAAACCCUUCGAGAACCCUAAUUUUCUUCCCACGCUGUCUGUCUUUAAUUUUCUAGCUAAUUCCGGUAAAUGUCGAAGCUUAUGCACCGAGGUGAGUCGACAUUCACGUCGUUGUGGGACCCAUGUUCGCCGGAAAAACAACCACCCUUCUUAAGGAAAUGAAGUCCCAGAGCAGUAAUGGCAGGUUGCAUACAUAUAUUAUUUCUAGUUUCCUGUUAGCUGGUUUGGGUUAGUUAAUGCAUUGUCUUUGAUGAAGUGCUAUAAAUUAAUGUGGCUGCUCUCCAUUCAUUGCAUACUUGCAUAACAUCUUUUAACUGUUCAUUCGUCAAUACAAGUGUGAAGCUAUGAUCUAUUCCUUGCUUGCAUUGCUGUAAUAUCAAUUCUUGUUUUGGUUUAUGAUUUUGCACAAGUGUGGCAAUAAUAAAAAUCAGACAAAGAUUCUAGGUAUGGAUUAGACUAUAUUGUGACAAAUGAUGGACAAAAGUUGCCGUGCCUCCCAUAAGCAGAUCUCUCAUCAUUAGGAGAAAAGCUGGGUGCUGAAGUGUAUGAUAAGCUAGAGGUAAUUGGUAUUGAUGAAGCUCAGUUUUUCAAAGACCUACAUUGAUUUCUGCAGCAAAGCUGCUGAUCAUGAUGGGAAGACUGUAAUAGCUGCUGGUUUGGAUGGUGACUAUUUGAGAAGCAGCUUUGGUUCAGUACUUGAUAUAAUCUCCAUUGCUGAUUCUAUUACAAAAUUAACUUCUGGAUUUGAGGUAUGUGGUAAAUGCGCUUACUUUACUUUGAGGAAGACAGAUGAGACUAAAAUGGAACUCAUUACUGGGGUUGAAGUAUAUAUGCCUGUGUGCCGCCAGCACUAUGUAAGUGGACAAGUUAAAGAGGCUACAAUAGCUGUUCUCGAGUCUCAGAACAGGCAGAUUCGUACGGGUUCAUAGGCAUUGCCUGCGAAAUUAUGGAGGAUUCUGCCUUCUUACAUUUUCGAAGAAAUCUGCGUGUAUAAAGUUUGCGAUUGAAGCUGGGUUGCUUCUGUAUCAAAUUUACUGGUAUUUUACUUGUAAUAAAAUCCUAUCAAAUCCAGGCAUCUAUUUGAAAAUUCAUUCACCUAUGGUGUUGUGUUUCAAUUUGCUUCGCUCCAAGUUUUUGUUCUCUUCAUCUUCGUGUCACAACAAAAUUGUACUGAAAAUUCUUUCAAUGAAUUGUUCGAAUGAGAUCUGAUA